UAAAUCGCCAAACGAAUCAAUCAUGAUUUGCUUAAACACUUGGAAUGGUUCAAGUGUUUUGUUACCUGUGUUUAUUUAACAAGCACUAGCACUGAUUUUAAUUAGUACACACAAGUUAAAAUUUGUAUGUGACAUGGUACAUGUAUACUUGUAUUCAUGUACUUUUGUGUGUAUUACAAGAUUUCAUUAUUAAGUCAAUAUGCAUGGAGCCAUUUUCAUUUCCUACAUGUCUGUGUGUCAUUAGUCAAAGUGUGUGCCCACCACAUGUCUGAGUGUAAGCAUAUCGCUAUGUACAUGUAUACAUUGCUCAUAAAGCUACCAUCAUCCUGCUUUUAACAAAAAUUUACUUGCCAAAACCAGCUUCUUCCUUUUCUCAUUCCAGUGUCAGUUGUAUACAUUUAUACUUCUCUUCUAAAUAUACAUGAUCUAAACAGAUCUAUAUCUCUCUUCUUCUUUCAUUACUCUUUUUGCCACCCUUUCCUAUUCCAUUCCUGCACACCAUCAUAAUCUCUGUCCUGUCACACUCUUCUUGACUAACCCCUGACCGUUGCCACGCCCAGAUGACCCUUCACCACCAGCUGACCAACACGUGGUCACUGCCCCCAAGUCGGUCCGAAGGGCCCUCAUUCUCAACCAUGGGGGUGCAGCAGAUGAGGGGGAGAGGCGGAGUGCGGCUGCCGUAGAGCUGCAGAGGAUGUGGAGAGGGUUUUGUAUCAGAUGUCGUUGGUUUGAGGUCCUGAACCCCACGACCAGCGUUGAGCCCAACAGGCCAGAAUCAAGAGCUUAUAGUAGGUUCUUAGCCUCACGGGCCUCCUCUUAUCGGCGGUCAGUUGCUACCAUCAAACAGUUUGGUGAACGAGAGUCAAGGUUGCAGGAAUACUUUCAGAACUGCCGUCAGAAGGCAGAGGAGAGAGGAGAGGAGAGCAUCACAUUGGAAGAUUUCUCUGCCCACUUCAUCCAGAGUUGGUGGCACAAGGUCCACACCAGACGUCAGCUCCAAGGCAGGCAUCAGCUCCAGGGCAUCUCGGGCAUCUCAGUCACCAUGGCCACCGUCACGCCCAUCAAGAGCGCCUCCUCCAUCACCAAGUCCGUCUCCAUCGUUCUCUCCCCAGAGACGGGCGUGGUCAUGGGCAAAGUGCAUACACCAGGGACACCACCACCGUCCAUCAAGGCGGAGUCCAGGAGGAGGUCUAGGAGGUCGGUGCCAAUCACGAAGAAGAAGAGGACGGAGCCAUUGCUGCCGAAUGAGGCGGCAGCUAUCAUUCAACAAGCCUGGAGGAGACAUAUUGAUGUGCAGGUGUACCGCUACUACAGAGACCUCAUCAACUUCCGUUGCCGUGGCAACCCAGCCAUGAUGCUGCGUUGCAUCAAUCCGAAGGAGGCCAGUCUGCUGGAUGCUGCUGCUGGGAUCCACGUCAAGUUUAGACUCGCUGGGGCCAGAUUUCCGCCCAACAUCUACUACAAGAUCUUUACUCAUCGGACCAUCAUCGACAUGUGUGCCAACAGCCCUAAGGACUACACCAAGGCCAACACCAAACGGUUUGCUGCUAGGGAUGUCCACAAUCGGAGGGAGCAGGGGAGUCCAAAGCUGGAGAGGGUGGAGGUUGAUAAGAUAGGGUGGUACCAGAGGGAGGAGAAUAAUGGUUGGAGACUGGUCUCUGACAGGUUGAUCUUGAGGGCAGACCAGGACCCAGUCACAUGGGAGAGUUCUAAGACCAAACAAGACUUCCCCCACUCCAAGCUACAGAGGAAAGAAGAUGUGGAGAAGAAAAAGAAGAGGAAAAAACUAGAUUGGAUGAAAAAGAUGUACAAAGACGGCAUGCUCCAAGCCCAGGCUGAAGACGAGGGUCUCAACACUCUUGUGGAGGAUGCUACCAGCGGCCUCAUGGCCCAGCUAGAGAACAGGGGACCCGAGGCCGUGGACGACUGGGAGGUCGAUGAACUCCUCCAGUGGACAAGUGGCUUAAACUUUGAUGACUACCAAAAGUCUUGGCAGGAGAUAGCCACUUCUGCAGGAUCAGAGGCCUAUAUAGAUGAGAGGUUGCAGUUCAAGACGAGCAAGCAGGAUCCUUACGAGUUCAGCUUUACCAUGAGAGAGUCUCUCCCUUCCCCGCCGUCACCCUCUAGAGUCACCACGGCCAAGUCAAGAAGUGCCACAACAAAACUCCAGAUGGAAGACAUAGCGGUCAACUGAAAUGGCCAGGGAAAAAGCAAUGACUUUUAUUUUGCCUGAUGAGACAGACAAAAUUGAAAUGUGAAUGAUAUAAGAUUUUUCAAGGAAACAGGAGAACAGUAUGGUAACAUCACAUGUUUACAUUCCUGGAGUGCAGUUCAAGACAGUUGCAGUUCCAAUCAAGGAAUUAAGAUCCUUACAUGUUCAGUUUUACCAUGAAGGACUCUCUUCCUUCCCAGCCCUCACCAUCUAGAAUCAUCAGAGCCAUGACACAGAGUGCCACAACAAAAUUACAGAUAGAAGACAUAUAGCUGUCAACUGAAAUGUACAGUGAAAAGUUGCCAGAUGAGAAGAGAAUAAAAGUAAAAUGAACUGAUACAGAUUUUAUAAGGAAUCAGGAGGAAGGACUAGUAACAUCUGAUUUUUUACAGGCUUGGAGUACAGUUCAAGACGUGCAGUUAAAGACAAGAAAGCAGAGACUCUCUCUUUCUUCCCUGCCCUCACCAUCUAGAAUCACCAUAGCCAGGUCAUAGAGUACCACAACGAAAAUCCAGAUCAAAGAUAUACAAUGUAGCUGUGAACUUAGGCAAUGCAAAUUUUGUCAGCUGAAUGGCUAAUCAAAAAUUGGUAUGAAGGUUGAUACAGAUUUUUUAAGGAAAAUGGAGGAAAAUAUCAUUUGUCCUGGCUUGUCAACAUGAAAUGGAAUGACCUGGGAAUCACUGUGAACAAUCAUUCUGCACCAUAUUUAAAUAUGUAAAGAAGACAGUGCUGCAUAUAAACUGAGAGACCCAUUGUAAAACAUAGUAAUAAAUUUUCAGCAUCAAUAUAAAUUAACAAUAUUUACUAUGGAGCAUUCAUACAUGGUCAGAACAAAAUGGAGGAACAAAAGUGCAAACCAACUUGGAUACUAAUGAUAAUUACUUGAAGGAAACCUCCUGGCAACACUAUAGCUUCAAUUUUUAAAUAAAAUAUCAAUAUAAGAUAUUAUAUACCAUUCUUGUAUCUGCUGAGUUGAUUUAACAUGGAUGGUCUUGGCAGUGCUGCACUUUGGUGCUCAGAAUUUGAGUGGGACAAAAUUUAGGUGGCAUGAAAGUCAGGGAUUGUAACGUAAGAAGAUUGUUUAGGAGGAUACAGCAUCUAGGCAUACAAAAAUCAGAGACCCAGGUGUCAGAAAGAACAGUCUGGUAGAAUUUGUUAGCAGCUGGAUUAUUGACUUCACAAAAGAUUUAGAUUUAUACAUUCCCGGGAGGAAUGUACACUCCAAAAAAAAAUCAAGCAUAUAUAUAUAUAUACUCUGUAAUCUAUACAUACUAAGUUGGUAAAUACAGUGCAAACUUGAAAUCAUGUCUAUUGGUUUAGAAUGUUUCAAUGUCUAGGUGAAUUGUAGAAAAGGGGCUCUUUAAACAAAUUUAAUGUAAAAUAAAUGUGGCAAGAGUUCAAUGCAGGAAUGAUUUAAAGAUCCACAAUGUUUUCUGGUGACUGAGUUACGUACAUGUAGGAACAUUCCACUUUUUGAGUAGUUUUUAAUGAAAUUACUCUACAGCUUUUUCCAAUGACUUUAGAUGAUAAAGUAUCAGUCAAAGAUCAUCAAUUACAUUUUACAGUAGUAAGUAUUCAUCAGUUCUUGCUUUGGCAAGUAAAUUUGAAAUCUUCUAAAGUAUGAAUACAUUCAAUUAUAUAAGGAAUAUAAUAUUCAAUUGGAUAUAUUACUUGCUGUUCCAAAUUACUUGGAAAAGAAAAGGAAUCUCCUGUAGGCAGAUUUUCUUGAAAAAGCGAUUGUCAUAUAAGUAUGUAAUAAUAUAAAAGGGGAAAUUGUUUCAUUUCAAUAUCAAUUGAAAGAGACUGAUUUUAAUGAAAUAUUUAGUAGUUGAUGACAAGUUCAGAAGCCACAAUAUCUGAGAUAUUGAAAUGUAGCCAAAGUUGGAGAUAUUUUCCAACACUGCGGUAAUCAUUCAAAUUAGUGCUACAAACAUAUAUACAUGUAGAAAUUUAUUCCAUUCUUCCAAGUAUCUGCCGUCCAUGAUUUUUCUGUAAGAGCUAUAUAUUUAUUGAAUAUGUUGUUUAAACUGAAUAUAUAAUUCGAUGUGAAAAUAUUGGCCAUUAUUCUUUAAAAAUGAAUGUAUGUAAAAAUAUAUAUUUGCAAUUAAAUUGUUAAUGUAUUACUAAUAUCGCU